AUGGAAAUACAAAUCCGAAUUGGACAAAUUCUCAGAUUCGUGAACUGUUCCUCAGGGUUGAAUUCAAAGACUUUAGCACGUUUAAAACACGUGGUCAUGCCGUUAGCAAUUGCUGAAUGCGUCAGUGCCAUAUUGCGACUGCUGACAAAAACUGGGGAUGACUUAUCGUUGCCUACAUCGAUAAAAAUAUAUUAUAAAAUUAAACGAAAAUUGUUUAUAAAACCUGUAGCUAUUGUUAAACCUUACGUUCCAGAAGGAACUUAUAAAAUUCCUCAAGCUUAUAUUCCUCAAGUGGUUGAAACAAGACCACUUGAGAGAAUUGAUCAACAAAUAUGCGAAGAUGAAUUGGAAAUAUUUGACGAUAUUCCAGAAAUUGAUGACGAACAAGUGCGUAUAUUAGAUAACAUAAUGAUAAGAAUAGACCGUCAUUUGGAGGACGAUGACAUAAUGAUUAGAAACGAUCGGUAUUUUGCAACACCAAGACGCGUGAUAUGUUUUGGAUGUUGCCUGUGUGACGAAGAGAGCGUGCACAAUCAUUGUUGUACAACAACCGUGUGCCCGUACGUGCAAGGACUAUUUGAACGGUGCCGCGGUUGUUGUUACUGUUUGUAA